GACUCUGUCUCUCCGUGGACCCCCCAGCAGCUGUACAUGAGGAAAUCAGACUCUGACAGAUCCGGGUCAGGUCUGAUGAGCUCCAGGCAGUGGAUUGCACUUCUGUUCUGCUUGGUAGACUCUCCCUGUCUGUGAAAUGCGCUGCAGUUCGGAUUGAUUUUCCCCACCAUGGAGCCUCUGGAUUUUGGAUCCUUGAACUUUACAUCCGAACCAGCAGGCUCGGGUUUCCCACUGUGUGAGCAGUGGAGGGAUGGUUCGGAGGGUUCGGUGUUCCACCUCUCCAACAUUCUCCUGUUCCUGGGCUUGAUGGGUGGCAGCGGCUUCUAUGGAGUUCUGUACAUGUUCACCUUCCUGACUCUGGGCUUCUUCUGCUGCACCCUGUGGGCCUGGUCGGACCCCUGCACCACGGACUCCUUCCUCUGGAGUCUGGCCCUGUUUGGAGUGUGUUUGGGUCAGGCUCUGCUAAUUUCCUACAGACUGAGGAGACUGUCAUUUGACAAGGACUUCCAGGAACUUUACAACCUGAAGUUUAAGAAACUUGGUGUGUCUCUGACAUAUUUUAAGAAGAUAGUGGCCUCCAGUGAUGGAUCUGUCUGCACCCUGGAGAAGGGCCAGGUCUUUGCAGUAGAAGGCAAAACGCCCAUUGAUAAGUUGUCCUUGCUCCUGAGUGGCAGGAUCAGAGUGACAGUUAAUGGGGAGUUCCUGCAUUACAUCUACCCCUUCCAGUUCCUGGAUUCACCUGAGUGGGACUCUCUCAGGCCCUCAGAGGAGGCUGCGUUUCAGGUGACCCUGCAGGCCGAUGAACCGUGUCGGUACGUAGCAUGGAGAAGGAAGAAACUCUACCUGCUUUUUGCUAAACACCGUUACAUCGCCAGGAUCUUUGCUCUGGUAGUACGUAAUGACAUUUCGGAGAAACUUUACUCUCUCAGUGAGAAGGCCUGCGAUGGGGCAGGACACCGCUACGAUCUCCGGUUACCAACCUUCUGUCACAUGCCAUGGACAGAAAUAGAAAAAACAGAUGGUCUACGGCAGAUUCCUGCUCAGGGGGAGAGGUCUGCAGUGUUGGUUAGUUCAGUUUGUCAAUAAUACCUGAUGGAAAUAAAUUUUAGCCCAGUAAAACAAUGUUUUAUUUCUCUUGGAAAGUGACAGUUAAAAAAAUAGUCUUUGGUACAUCUGCCUUUAGUGUGUGAAAGAGUAAAACUGCUUAAAUAAAUGUUUGUAAAGAAUUGCUAAAAUACGGUAUAGACAUAUUUGUUGGCAUUGGUAUAUUACACAUGCCUUUAGCAGUGAAGGUGAAGGAGAGAGCUGUCUGAUGAGCUCAUAAAGAAAGUUAUAGACCCAUCCAUCAUCUACCCCUUAUUCACAUUUUGUUUGUGGGGGCAGCAGGUCCAGGAGGGAAACUCAGACAUCCCUCUUCCCAGAAACAUUCUCAAGCACUUCCUGGUGGAUCCCAGGCCAUUCCCUGGCCAGAGAGGGAUACAAAAUCCCUCCAGUGAGUGUCCUCUCAUUGGGAUGUGAUUGGAAAAUAUCUGAAGGGAGGUAUUCAGCAGGCACCCUAAAAAGGUCUCUACAAAGAAAACUGAGUUCAGAUGGUUUUAUAUGGGAUUUUGUUCUUUCAGUCAUGGUCUAUACCUCAUUACCAUAGUUGAUGAUUGGAAAGUUGAUGGUCCAGUAACUCUGUCUGAUCAUCAGCGACUCAAACUCACCCCCGGGUGGUGAUCAGUGACAGAUCGGCUCCUCUCUUUACCUGAGUAUCUAAGAUUUUGUAGAUCUGCAAGUCUGCUGAUACUUUACCUUCAGAUAAGAGAGACAGUUCCUCCCAAUCAGCUUUUCACAAAGUGCAUAUUGACAAGAACCAAAGUUUCUGAGACUCCUGAAACAAAACCAAACUGAAGUAUUAUGGACAGUCUUAUCAGAACUGGUUUUGGUAUUAAUAAAGUCAAUAAAUUCAUCUGCAUCCUUAAGUGUUCAAUGAGGCAGAAGCUAAAAUGUUGAUCAAUGAUGUAAACACAAUAGUCUGCCUCAGUAAUUAAGAAAGUAAAACUAUUCAGCGCUGUCACAUGUAGCGUCUUUAUCACACAGUAUUUUAUAUUUCCUGAGUUUGUAUGGGUCUCUGUGUUAGCAAAAUUUCUCAUGAACCACUGGAAAUUUCAAUGAAACUCUUGAAAAGUAAUCGUUGGGUGUACUUCUACAGCUCAUUAACUUCUGCAGUCAACACAAUUAGCAUAAAUAAAUAAAUAAAUAAAUAAAUAAACAAAUAAAUAAAUAAAUAAAUAAAAUUGAGUGUCAAGACCUGCAGUGUGAACCCAACUUGUUUCCAUGUUGAGAAAUGAUUGAGUUGCAGCAGUCUUGGGAAUUUUCAGUUGAGUGUUUACAAUCAGCGUGCUAAGCUUUUCUUUCAUUUUUUUUUAAAUCCCAGCCUAUUUUUGUGCACAUAGCUUGUAAAACUGGAUUCUAUUUCAUGCACAAUAUAUUGUAGUCCAAUUUUGCCCACAUUUGUUCUUUAAUGAAUUAGUGUACAUUUUAGAAAUGAAGAUUAUCAGAUCUGGACCAGUUUUUAAUAUAUAUAUUUUUUAGACUUGAACAUGUUUUCUGUCGGUGGACUGUUCCUUGCAUGUAUCAAAAUACAGUUCUAGUGUUCUGAGAUGGCUUGGUAACCCGCAACAACUUUGUGACCAUUUUCAGGAAAAAAAUUGUCACACAUUUGUUUAACAUGUUCAAAACUCAAGAUGCAAAACAUUGAUCCUCCAAGAAAACUGAGAAUCUUUGAGAAAAUGUUGGGACAUUUUGGAGACUUUCUUGUGAACUUCGUCCAUCAAAUAGUCUCCAACAGUCACAGCCCAGUAAGGCACCACCCAAAAGGUUAAAACUUAAGAUGAACAAAACUGGACCUCCAACUAUUAGCUCUUAUUUAUCUGAUAUGAACAAAUAUGGAAAACGAUUGCUGAAGGUGGCAGUAAACAGUAAAAUGUAGAAUAUUGUCAGAUUUGAUUGGUGCCUUGUGUCAGUGUAAUGUGUUGUUUUUGUACUCUGCAAAUAAAUGAUUGGAAAGAUGA